GGCCGCAGCGCCAUGCGAGAGCGGUGCCCGUCGGGCCCGGCGCUUGCAAGGCUCCCCGCCCCGCGCAGCCUGGGCUGGGCAGCGCGCAGAGGACGCAGCGGCGCAAGCUGCUGGCGAGGGGCCCCGGGACCCUAGCGGCCCCUGCGGGCAUCGCCUUCACGGGCUGCGACUGGCGGUCAUUUCCCUCUGCUCCCGGCUGCGGGGUGGCUCCGGCUCAAGGGCGGGUGUUCUGGCCUGCUCUGCCCUAGGGCGUCCUCGGGCCGGACUGUGCUCCAGCCGGCGUCUGUCAUUGGAUUGCAAAGGGCGAGCUCGGUGCUCUCAGCGAUCGGGCUGAGGUAGCGCGGGAGAAGCAAAUGCCUUGAACUUUUCUCCCCCGGCGAGGGGAGGGACCCUGGCACGCGAAGACCGUGCGGGCGGAGCGGGGCAGCCGGCUGGUUAUGUGCAGUCAUGGCUUGGCCGGCGUAUUGGGUGGACGAGAUCCAGUGGUUUACCCUGGUCACUCUGUUUGUGGCCGCCCUGGUCACUCUGGCCAUCUACCUGGUGCAAUAUGCUCUGGUCGCUCUGCGGAACAGCAGGAGGAAACCGCCGUCGUCGGAUGAACUUCUGCAGGGAAAUGACACCCUAUUGGCCUGGGUGCUGUCUCUGAACAGCUGGAGGACCCAGUGGCAGAAAGCUUGGAUAACAGCCCUGAAUGCAGAAGCCAAAGUGAGAGGGGAUUUGUUGUUGCUUACAUUUGAAGAAGACACAACUCCUCAGCCACUGGAGCUAGCAGUUAGACGGGUUGUAAGUGUUGUAAAGUCAGCCCAAGAGAAGGUGGUUUCUUGUAAUGUAGUGGGAGACUCCAUUCAAUUUAUUGUUCAUGUGUCACAUACUUCACCUACUACCACAGAAUGUCAGUCAUACAGUGUGAAACUGUCUCCACUUCACUUACAGCUGGAACUCUAUCUGAAAGAGAAAGGUGAAGACAUUGAGGUUGUGUGGUCCUUCCUUAAUGCCCCUGAAACUAAUAUUAAAAUCCAGCCAACAGCAGUGCAGGAGGGCCAGAUGGCUGAGACAUGUGCAAUAUUUGAGCCAUUCAGAGAUGUUUUCCAGAAUCUAAUUAGUUUAGUUUCACCAUCUGUAAUUUUGAGUACAAAACCUACAGAUAUAAUAAAGGAGGUACAGAAUGUACAAAACAUAGGAACCCUCCCCCAGGGCACCAGCCCUCCGAAACCUCCAAGGAUUCAUGAACUAAAACUGCUAGUGAAGAACAUUGUAGCCACACUGACUGAUCACAGUGCUGCAGGCAGCAUAAAUCCAGUGUGUGUAACUCAAUUGAAUGAUCCUCUACAGAAAUUUUCCAGCUCUGUAGCCAAAAAUGGCACUAACCUCUCUUGGAAAGAGGAGUUCAUCUUUGAAUUAAAUGCCAAAUCAAAAGAGUUACAACUGCAGAUCUUGGAAGAUGGGAAAUUGGAUAGUUCUUUUUCAGCAUGGACAACUAUACCUUUAGACUUGUUCAGGAAACAGCCUUCUGGACAACAAAGCUUUGCACUGAAGAGCAGGUCCAGCAGCCAUAGCCCUGUGUUAGGAUCGGUCACUGCAGAGUUCUCUUAUGUAGAACCUAAUGAGUCAAAAUCCUGGCAAGUUUCUGCUCAGCUUCCUGCCACAAAAAUAGAAAAGGAUCGAACCGUGAUGCCUUGUGGGACUGUAGUCACUACUGUCACUGCUGUGAAAACCAAACCUCGACUUGAAGGGAAACAUUCUGCACUGAGCCCAGAUUCUCCUGUGAAAACUCCUGCUAAAGUGAAAGUGAUUGAAAAGGAUUUCUCAGUUCAAGCAAUCCAUUGUCAAGGUGCUCCGGUGAGCAAAGUGUUAUCCUCUUCGGAUACAGAGCUGCUGGUGUUGAAUGGCACUGAUCCAGUUGCUGAAGCAGCCAUUCGACAGUUAAGUGAGUCUGCAAAGCAGAAGCUGAAAUCUCCAAGAAAGAAAAGCACCAUUAUCAUAUCAGGGGUGUCCAAGACCUCCUUAUCUCAGGACAGUGAAGCUGCACUGAUGAUGGACUAUGCAGCAGCCAUGGAUGACUCAUGUAAAGAGGAAGCCCCUUCCAUGGUGGGGGAUUCUACCACAGAAGUUCCCAAUAAAAAACUACCACCAGCUGCUUCACAAAUGCUACCUGCCACUGACCCAGAGGAAAAUAGCCAUAAUGCGUGGGACUUGGAUAACAGCAGCCAACAAUGGACCAGCAAUGCACUCUUAGACCAGGACUGUGAAGAGGUGUCCGGGAGUUCAUUAAGUGUCUCGGAAUCUGAGAGUGUGAAAAAAUCUAAAGGUGGAAUUUUGAAAAAAAGUGCAAAGCUGUUUUUCCGUCGGCGGCAUCAUCAGAAGGAUCCAGGAAUGAGCCAGUCACACAAUGAUCUUGUUUACCUGCAGCAGCCAACAUCUGAUGAAACCCGAAGGAAGGGAACAACGCUAACACGCAUCCUUCACAAGAAAAUUCUUUCUAAGAACAAAAGCAAGAACAAGCUGAAUGGCACUUCCAUGGAGCCAUGUGUAUAAAACCUAAUGCUCUCUAAAUGAUACUUGCACAUCAAUUGAUCAGCGGUUUACAAAACAAUACUAGAAGAUGUAAACACAGAUUGUGACAUGCAUAAAAUGAUAUUCACAAAUGCAGUGGUUCCAGAAUAAGCAGACAAAGCUUGGCUUUUAUUUUUCCAAAAAACUUUAUUUUUUUUAAAAGCCUUUAAGCAAGAAGGAUCCUCCUGUCCCCACCAGCCUACUCCUAAGCAUAAAUAGUGUUGAUUGUAUGAUGACAACAUGUUUUCUCCCCCACUCCAAUCCAAGUUGUCACUCUGCAUUCAAUCCUGAUUUGAAGAAGGCUUGAAUCUACCACUCCUAGUGAUAAGAUUUUUAUUUUUGGGAGGGAUGGGGGUAGAGAAGGUGGGUUGGACUGUGGAAGUGGUGUGACUGGGGAGGCUCACCUUUUUUUAAGUUUAGAAUAUUUAAUCUAGCUUACAUUUAACUUCUAGCCAACAUGACUUCUUGGUUUCUAGGUAGAUGACUGGACCACUGUAAAGAGGUAACGUACCAUUGUGGUUUGUGGUUCUGUAAUAAGAAACAAUAGUAGCAAUGCAGAUCUCAACUUGGGUUUCUAGACAGGCUGAAAGUGGAAGCCAAGAGACUCUGAUCUGGUUCCUGUUAUAAUUUGGAAACCGGUUUGUUUCUGGAAAAGGAAAUUAAAUGCUGAUUAGUACAACCUGCUGUAAUAACUUGUAAAUCAGUGUAGGUAGACGUUUACCUUUGAUGUUAGCCAUAAUAAUUGAUGAUUAUGCAAAGCUGUAUCCUAGAAUAUUUAAUUAUGUGCAUAUAUUAUGCUAAAACCCCUUUUUUUCUAGGUUUACUUUGUUCCCAUUUGCAAACAAAGUAUUUAAAAGGUCUUACUGUUACUUCUAUUUCCCCCACUAUAUGAGAAGCUAUAAGUGCUAAUGCAACAGUUUUAUUUUGGGGACUCUACACCCUUAUCUACAGUACUUUUGUAGACAAGUAUACUAGCAACCAUAUCAAAAGCAAAGUUAGGAGCAAUAAAUGUUGUGUAGAUCACGUUUAAUCCUACUUAGAUUUUUAUUAGUUCAUGGUCUGAUUUGCUAGUUACCAGUAGCCUGGAAAACAGAAUUUUUGAAAUGUUUCUCUUUCCCUUCCUUCAGUUACAAGUUUACAAGUUUUGUCAUAUGGUAAGGGUUUUUUUGGUUUGGGUUUUUUGUGUGUUUUAAAAGAUAUUGUAGUUAGCUCCUUUCUUUAAUAUCUGAUAAAAGAAAAAUUGUAGUUCUCACUUAGUUAAACUGCCUAAGAGGGGACUAAAACUUCUGUAUCUAGAUACAUUUUACAGAUUACAUAUUUUUCAUAUAUAUGCCUGUUUACACAUUCCUUUGCCAUAUAUGCAUUCCCUGUUGAGAACAUAGCACCCAAUCCUGCUGUCUUUACCCAGGCAAACAUGCCUGUUGCACCAAUAUCACCACUGAUCUAAACUGAUGCAAUUCCAUUGAAGUGAACAGAGUUGUGCCUGUUUCUGUCACUAGUGAAUUUGGCCCAAAGACUUCAGUAAGACAUUUGACUGAGUAAGGAUGGCAGUAUUGGGCCUUAGCCUUAAAGGCAUAUUUUCCCAAAAUGGAAACUUGAAUAAUUGAACUAAGAGCUUUCAAUACUUGUGGUAGGCUCCAAAUUCCUUAGCAAAGAUGUGCUGAAGGUUAUAAAACUUGGGGGGGGGGGGAGGGGGAAUGUUUAGCAAAAAAUAAAAUAUCCAAAGAAAUGAACCACCAAAUGCUUUUAACUGAGCCUCUAGUUCCAAAUACAUUUUAUUUGGCCUAGUAAUAGGACUGUGACAGUGCUGUCAUGCAUACCAUUUUACAGAAAAUAGGUACUGUCAACAGUCUUGCUGUAUUUGUUGUUAUAAAUACUUGAAGGCAUUUUUAAACACUAUUUUAAAAAAAUCUUAAGUUUGUUGCAGUUGCAAUUUUUUGUACUAUAACUAUGCACUCUACAGCUUUUGUGGCGUUUUUCUGUUGUGGGUUGUUGGUUUUUUUUAAAUCUGAAAUCAUUAUGGCUUUGGGAUUAGGUUAAAGUCCUACUUUAACAUAUUUGAGACUGUUUCUCCUUUUUACUGACUUGCAAAAAACUGAGAUUAGGAUUCCAUAUCUACUUUACAACAGUUUAUGCCAUCAGCACCAAAAGGCUGACCCUGCACUUCUUUGGUGCACACACAAUUCCCCUUGACUUUGUUAGGUGUUGUUUGCACGUAAUGGUAGGUAAAAGAGAGAUCCCUGCCCUAUUUAAAGUUUUUGAUCUGGUCUACACUACAGACUUAUAUUGGUAUAACUGCGUUGCUCAGGGAUGUUUAAAAAUCCACACCCUUGAGCAAUGUAGUUAUACCAACCUACCUCUCCCCCUCCAUGAAAGGCAGAUUAAUUAUGCCGAUUGGAGAGCUCUCCUGUAGUUUAGAGUGUCUUUAUUUAAAGCACUAUAGUGGCACAAUUCAGCGCUGCCCUGAUGCAGCGUUUUAAGUGUAAACUUGCCCUUAGUGAUGCUAUUUGCUGAAAGGAGGAAAAACAAAAUUAAACCCUGAAUGUCGUGGCCUUUCUAAACUCAAGUUUUCCUAAGGUGCAUAGAUAUCACCAUAGUAUACAAGAACCUAGGAAGUGCAGGAUUAGGCCCUGAUGAGUGAAAGGAAUCACUGAUAGUAAACCAAACAUUUGACACUAAAUAAGUUAAAUUACUGAGUUGGGAUUUUCGUGUACAAAACCUUGUGUGGUUCAUUUUUUAAAUUGGUGUGAGGGAUUACAUUCAUCUUGGCAGAAUGCAAGCAGGAGGCUCCCUCCUGCACCCCCCAGGAGACCAGUAACUCUUCAUUUUUAUGGAAGUCUUGGAUGACUGCCAAAAUUUGAGUUUUGGUGGUGGGGAACUAAGGUGGAGACUAGAGUAGCCUGUUCUCAAGAUGGAGGGGACAAAGGCAUUUGGGAUAAAAGGGGGUCUUAAUUUUUGUUGUUAAAUUAAAAACUUCUCAACGGCCCCUCCAAAAUAGCCCUGUUCAGAUGGAUAGUGAUUUAAGAUUUGCCACAUGUGGCUAGGUCAUUUCCCCCUCUUCUAGAAAUCACUGUAGAUAGUGUUGAGAACAUGUUAGCCAUAGUCACUAGUUGUGAACCCAAACUGACAGUUCAAAUCCUCAGUAUUUCAGAUGUUCAAAAUCAUGAUCCAGACACACACACCCCCAAAAAAUUUAGAUUAAAAAUAAAUGUGAGGGGGUUAUAUGCCCUCUGGUUUCUGAGCCUUCACUCUGUCAUGUUUUUCAAGCUUUCCUCUGCAACCAUGAGGACUAGGAACUUACUCUUAUUUUUAAAUGAAAGCUGAGAGUCUCAUGUAAUCAUUUUAUUUCCAAGCAUUGGGGCUUUAAAUAAAAUCUCAUAUUGGAAAGCUCACUGUUAAAAUUGCAAGAGCUAGCAACACUCAAUCCUAUGGAAAUAGAUGGGCACAUACCAGUAGUUCACCUACAGCCUGCUCCCAUCUACGUAAAGAUGAGUUUUGCCACAGAGUUCAGCAAGAUUGAGCACUUAACGUUAACACUGGGUCCAAUCCUCUCAAGUGCUGAAUGCCUCCUGCAAUGAUCUGUGAAGAAUACCAAUGGGCAUGGGGGCAGCACAGUACCUUGCAAGAUCAGAUCCAGCAUGGUUCCCUAACUUUGGGGAAGGGCAGGGGUUGUAAUAUACAGACACACAUACCUUAAUGAUUUUAGUAGUUCAGCAUUUGAGAAGGAAUAUCACAUCAUGCACCAAAACCCUUGCAUUGUGUUAUAGUUUUUCCUCAUAAUCAAAUUAUUUCAAAGCUGUAUUGUGGAAAUAAUUCAUGAAAUCUUUUUGUGGUGUUUUUUUAAUUCUUAUUUAUCCGUGCAUUCUGUAAGCCAAAGAAAGUAUACAGCAGUUGGUUUAUUUGGGUUUUUUCCCCCGUGUGUUUUCUCUUUAUUGUUAUGUAGAAAUUGCAGAAGGAAACAGUGAAACUAACUAUACUUUGUACAUUUGACAGCACUUCACCUUCACUCCAAAUUGUCCUUUUCAGUUCUAGUGAUCCCUUAGGUGUUAGAGCAAUAGUACUAUAGGGUUUGGGGGGGGGGGGUAGAGGAGG